AUGCCCAUGCCCCCACGGCGCCCGGGCAGCACUGUGAACAUGCAGCACUCUAUGGAGAUGGAGGCAAAACGGCGGAUGGAGUUGGAUGAGGCCACACGCAAUCGUUUUGUUGUGGUAAAGGAGGAGAACCGUGAGCGCGACGGUCGUGUGAUUGGCGUUGAUCUUGGCACGACAAACAGUUGCAUCUCGUACAUUGAUAAGGAAACGAAUAAACCCAAAAUUAUUCCUUCUCCAACGGGAUCUUGGGUGUUCCCGACUGCGAUUACAUUUGACAAGAAUCACAAGGUUCGCCUGUACGGGGAGGAAGCUCGGGCGUGCGUCCGCACCAGUGCAAGCGCAACGCUGUGCAGUGGCAAACGACUUAUCGGUAGGGGUGUGGGUGAGCUCGGUCGGGUUCAAUCCCAGCUUCACAAGACGAACAUGUUGACGAUUAACGAGAAGGGGGAGGUGGCUGUAGAAAUCAUGGGCCGGACGUACACCGUUGUGCACAUCAUUGCCAUGUUUUUGCGGUACCUGAAGCAUGAGUCGGAAAAGUACCUGAAGGAGCCCGUGGACGCCGUCGUUGUGAGUGUUCCAGCCUUCUUUACGCCGCAGCAAAAAGUUGCAACAGAGGAUGCGGCAUUAGCGGCGGGCUUUGAUGUUCUU